AUGAACAGCAAAGUACCAGUAGGCAAGUCCUCACCUCGUCCUCACGUGCAGGUUAAUAACUACGGGCGAAUUAACUCGCCCGGCGAUGACAUCCGUGUAGCCAUGGCGAAGUGCGCGAGCAAGGCGGCAAGUCCUACCGCCGCCUCCGGUGCGAGCUGUGACGGGGACGACGGAGACGAAGCGAACGGCGACGACGCCGAGGAGGAUUGGCCGGAGAACGGCCACGACGACAACGCUUCAGGCGACGAUGUAGGUCCUGCUGACAUCGAGGAGGACGACUGGUGGAAUCGGCCGGUCGGGAGCGACGACGAGGUGGAAGAGUGGCAUGCUGGUGAUUCCGACAACGACGGAGGUAAAGAUGCGCAUGGUAACAACGCGGAGGCAGCGGCGGAUGCACAGGAAGCGGCGGUGGAUGCGAAUGAGGAGGCUGACGACGAGGCGGGGGCGGAACUUGAGACAUUUGCGCCUGCGGAUGCAGCCGCAGUUGCGGAUGCGGAAGGCGAGGAAGGCGGCGACGACGACCCAUGGAGCUUUGGGACCGACGACAACGUCCCGCUACUGAAGCGGAGGCUGCACCAUCGCCUACAGUCCAAGUCAAAGCGGGCCCGCGUGGUGCUCUCUGACGACGACGGUCCGGGGGAGGAGCGUCGCCCGAUACUCACCGCUGCGGAGAAGGGGAAAGCCAAGGUCGCGGAAGCCCCUGUUAAGGCCCCUGCUAAAGCCCCUGCUCGUCGCCGCACAAGCAACAAGAAGCUGACAUCCGACGGAGACCCGGGAUCCAGCAAGGGUGCGGCUAAGAAGAAGGCGAAGAAGGCGCCGAAUCCUGACGACAUCGUCGUGAACGAGCCGCUGGGCAGCGACGAUGAGUACGCGGCGGCGGCGGGCCCGAUUCCCACGUUCCCUGAGAAGGACAACGGGUGGAUGGACGAGACCGCUGUGCAGACCUGGCUGUCCAAGGAGGUGCUGCCCCAUCUGAACCCCCAGCGCGGCCAGAACGCAAGGCGGGCGAUGCUGGUGUUGGACUCCUACCGCGGUCACAUCACCCAGACCAUGCUUCAGUCGUACCGCACGCACAGCAUCACCCCUGCAGUCAUCCCAGCGGGUUGUACGAGCCAGAUUCAACCCCUGGACGUCUCCAUCAACCGCAGUGCGAACCCCUCUUGUGAUAGGGCGAAUGUGGUGAAAAGGGGCGAAUGUGGUGUGAAGGGGCGAAUGUGGUGUGACGGGGCGAAUGUGGUGUGA